AUGGGCCUACUGGCUGCCAACGCAAAGUACAACGAGGAAGCUGGCGAGGGUUAUGGCUUCCUGAAGAACGCUUACUGGUGGGGCGGCAUGACGCUCAUGAUUCUCGGAGAGCUUUGCAACUUGGCUGCAUAUGCCUUCACCGACGCCAUUCUUGUCACGCCUCUCGGUGCGCUGUCCGUCGUGGUUACCACAGUUCUGUCUGCCAUAUUUCUUAAGGAGCGACUGAGCAUGGUCGGCAAAGUCUCCUGUUUUCUGUGCCUGACUUCGUCAUCAAGCCUGGAUUUCUGUCCUACGCUGGGCGUCAUCAUCAUUGGCUUUUUCGUCGCCGCGUUCUGGGCCGGCCCAAAAUGGGGCAAAAAGACCAUGUUGGUCUACAUCUCCAUUUGCAGCUGGAUCGGAGGCUUGAGCGUUGUCGCUACCCAGGGCCUGGGCGCUGCGAUUCUGACCCAGAUAGAGGGCACACCGCAGUUCAACAAGUGGUUCAUCUAUGUCCUCCUCGUUUUCGUCAUCGGUACUCUUCUCAUUGAGAUUGUGUAUCUCAACAAGGCGUUGAAUAUCUACAAUGCUGCCAUGGUCACGCCGACCUAUUAUGUUUACUUCACCAGCACAACGAUUAUUACGUCGGCCGUGCUUUUCCGAGGCUUCAAAGGCAGCGCCAAUCAGAUUGUGAGCGUCGUUAUGGGUUUCCUAACCAUUUGCGCCGGCGUUGUUUUGUUACAAUUAUCCAAAUCCGCCAUGGACGUGCCCGACACGGCUGUAUUCACAGGAAAUUUGGACCAGAUUCAUACUAUCGCCGAGCAGGAGCAGUCUGAAACUGAACCCAAAGCUGACGCCAUUCGUGGUGCUGCGGCCAUAGUCCGGAGCAUUGCUGGUACGAUCCGGAACCGUGCCCGAUCCGUAUUAACCCCAAACCGACCCGACUUCUCCCUCGACCCCAAGCAACACCCCCCGAUGCCCCCUGUUCCUCUGACGGACAUUGCAGUGUCUGGCUACCCGAUAAACGACGGAAGCUCUUAUCGCACAGGACCUCAUGACUCCGAUUAUGGCGUCUCAAACACAGAAUAUGCGGGCGCUAAGGGUGUAUAUCAUGCCCGGCAUGGAUCCCAUGUCAGUGGUGUUAGCGGCGGCAGCUCCUUCCUCGCACCUACGCCACCACCGCAUACAGCCAAGAGACAAUUUUCCUUCCAGAACAUCUUCAAACGAGGCCAGACAUCUUCUUCUGCCGUCGAGGCUGAUGACGAGCUCCCUCAUCCCCCACGGUCAGCUGGUCACUUGACGCGCUUCGGUCUGGGAUCGCGAGGCAAUUCCACUCCUCAGGUUAAGAACGCAACUGAAGAGGAGCAAGCUGGCCUUGUGAAAGGCGACUCACGGUCAAUGCCAGCGUUGCCUCGAUAUGAUGACGAUGAUGAUGAUGACGACGACGAUGACGAAAACGACGAGUACUACCCGGGAGAUGAUAAGAGACAUGCGCUGGGACACUCCGGCGAUGUAUCUUCCCCCCAGGCAUCUAGGUACGGUCGAGGCAUCACAGGAUCGCCACCGAGUAGGGCACGAGAGGAUCAAGAGGCACAAGAGGCAGAAUAUGAAGCACAGCGUUCCCGGUACAACACGUCACGUGGUGGCAGCGAGAGGAGCCCAUCACCACCGCCACCGCCACCACACAGAACUCCACCGCAUAGAAAAGGGGGCAACAGGGACGCCUUUAUGUGA